AUGGAUAUCUGUAAUGACUCUCUUAUAAUUGAGUCAUAUGAGUUUUCCCAAAGCUGUGCUGAAUCAAAUAUACUUGAACGUGACUCAAGGCGGUUUGAAAAUUCCAUUAUGGGUAGUGGACAUACCUUCCCCAAUGCUGUCGAGUUUUGUGAUGUUGUGUAUUUGAAGUCAAUUGCUGGUAGAUUCCGUUAUUGCUUCAAGAGGAAUAGUAUGAAACACAUGACAGUAGUUUGCACAGUUAAUGAAUGUCCUUGGAAAGUCACCACUCGUACAGUAGAGGAUUCGAACAUCAUUCAGGUUCACAGUUUUCGAAACCUCCAUAAUCAUUUUUUGGAAGACGUUGUCGCAUCCCAACCUUUAGUGAGAUCCAAUUGUGCCUCACUGCUUAUUGAUGAUGUCAUACAGUUUACUCCCUAUUACCAAUUCCGCCAAAUUUGUAAGGACUUCCAAAGGCAACAUGGGAUGCAAUUGACAUACCUUCAAGCAUGGAAUAUCAAGGAGAAAUCGAAUGAGCGCAUUUAUGGAGAGCCCAAAUAUUAUUACAAAUUGUUGCCUUGGAUGUGUGAGAAAAUGGUUGCAACAAAUCGAGAAAGCAUUGUUGAGUUGAGGCAUUCAAGUGAUGGGCAUUUUGAGCAACUCUUUGUUGCUUAUUCGGUAUCUAUCCAAGGGUUUGCAAUGGGGUGUUGGCCAAUCAUUGCAAUUGAAUCAACCCAUAUGAGUGGCCCAUAUAGGGGUGUGUUAUUUUCGGCCAUCGCAUACGAUGCUAAUGACUCCAUGUUCCCCUUAGCCUUUGGCGUGAUGAGCUCAGAACAUUAUGAGAAUUGGUCUUGGUUUUUGCAAAACUUGAAGAAGGUUGUUGGAGAUAAGGAAGUUUUUAUUAUCUCGGAUAGACAUCCUACCCUCCUUCGUAGUGUUCCUGAAGAGUUUGGGCUUGAAAACCACACCUACUGUUAUCGUCACUUGAAAGAGAAUUUCAGCCCUUUUUUGAGCAAACAUAACACAAGAGGGAACAAAGGCUUGCGAGUUUCUAGCAACUCUUUUAGCCUCUUGGCGGCCAUAGCGGUUGAACUUGUGUGCGUGCAAGCUCGGGAUAGAAAGGCUGAUGGGAAAAUUGUGUGGGGAUUGCAUAAUCUAUCCUCACCAUGGCAUGCAGAGGCCACCGAGUAUGGAAGGCUCCGAGGUAGAAUAAGCAUGCGUGGGUUGCACAUUGCAUGA